CCCCCUAGUCCUGUUGUGACAGCUCUGAUAUUGUUUAUUGAGGUGGAUGUCAGGUUUAAUUAGCAAUCGAUAUGGAAAACGUUUUCCAACCACGUCUCUGACGUCACGGACGAUUAACGUUCCUUAUUGGUCCCAAAUUCCCAAAGCCUAGGCUAAUUAUUGGGAGCUUGAUGUUGAUAAAGUAAAGCUGAUCCUCCUCUUUAUCGUGUCCCCUCCUCGGUAGCCACUCUCGCUGCAUGCUUUCGAAGUCCCCACAACCAGCCUCCAGACGUUGGCCUCUCUUGUCCGGGAGAUGAUGGACAGUAGGAUACUAGAGCACCCUCGCGCCCAGUAUGGAGGCUCUCUCGGCGGGAUGGUGGGCUUUCCGUACCAUUUGAGCCAUCAUCAUGCAUACGAAUUAGCCGGACACCAACUCCAGUCUGCAGCCGCGGUUCCUUUCUCCAUAGACGGAUUACUGAAUGGCUCCUGCACAGCUUCCGUGGUUAAUUCAAAUCCUCUCCUCUCGUCUGGCUGCAGUAUGAAUGGAGAUAACCAGCAGUACAAACUGACAGAUUCUGCAGACCAAGACAAAGAUAGCCCUGGUUGUAAGAGGAGAAGAACUCGUACAAAUUUCACUGGAUGGCAACUGGAGGAAUUAGAAAAGGCUUUUACAGAGAGUCACUAUCCGGAUGUUUUUAUGAGGGAAGCACUUGCACUGAGACUGGAUUUGAUAGAGUCCAGAGUCCAGGUUUGGUUCCAAAACCGCAGGGCUAAAUGGAGGAAAAAAGAGAAUACAAAGAAAGGACCUGGGCGGCCGGCUCACAACUCCCACCCAACGUCAUGCAGCGGAGAGCCGAUGGACCCCGAAGAAAUUGCCCGGAGAGAACUUGAGAGGAUGGAGAAAAAGAGAAGGAAGCAAGAACGAAAGCUUCUGAGAUCACAGAACAAACUCGCAUCGGGUGAUUUAUUCCACACGCCGGGAUCAGACAGUGACAGCGGAGUUUCACAAAUAACGGACAGUGAGCAGCCACCUAGUGUCUUUGGUUCGCGUUCACAAUCGGCGGACCGAAACCAAACCGAAUCAAGCUGUGACCAAACACGACUAAAAACGAACAGCCAAAGACACGUGGGACAGGACGCUAGCAUAUCAGAACUGGACUCCACCGACUGCAGUCACAACUUGUGUCCCAACGGCAGAACGUCCACUCUUCAGAAAUUGAACCCUUUCAGUGUAGAAAGCCUUCUGUCGGACUCAACUCCACGGCGCAAACCCAAUUUGGAUUUUCCAGCUUUACCUACCCCACGGCCUUUGAUAGGAAAAGGACAUUUCUUACUGUAUCCAAUCACUCAACCGCUUGGUUUCAUUGUACAACAGACUGCAUUAAAGACAGGGCCAGGACCGGAUACGGUUAACACGGCACAUCGAGGCUUACCUGCUGACAGUUCCAAUCAGUCACACUUUACGAGUACACAUACAGGAGAUAUUAGCACAAAUAAUAACAAUCACGACUGCAUCAAAGUCAACAGCAACGGGCCCACAGACAAAGAACAUUGCAGUUUUCCCGGAACAGAAAAUUCUCCUCAAGACAGCCCUGUCCACGCGACGCACAACGGAACAGGCCAUUCUCCUAGCGAAGCACACAAACAGCAGACGGAAUGUAGCGUCCAGUCUCCGCUUCCAGAGUUAAAAGAGAAAUCGUUGCAAGACUGCAGGCCUACAACUUGCUCUGAAUCAAAGAGAACCAACAGUCCCACAGAAACAAACACACACUGUAAAGACAUUGAUAUGGAGUAAUGUAGAGAAUCAUAUUGCUAAACACUUCUCACAUUCCCAAAGCUCAGCACAAGAUGCAAAAUCUUUUGACGUAUCAGUAUAUGUAAACUUCUCAUUUCAAAGUUGAUAUAU